AUGCCCAUCUUCCAGGAAGAUAUCGACCACGCCCGCCCGCCUCUGGGCCAGCCGCUGCCCUCCCUGCCCUCCCUGCCACAAAGCGCCGCCCGGCUCGUCGACGACGCACCGCUCGGUCCCAGAUGUCUCUCCGAAGAAAGCCUCCCUGUCGAGCUAUGCGAAGGUCCCAUACCAGAUAGUCCCGGGAAAUGUCUCCAAACACCAGAAAACCACAAUGGGUCGCACAUACUCGACAGGACAGAGCUCAUCGAGAGAUUAAAACGAGGCGAAAGCCCGUCAUGGAUCCCCAGCCGCCGUCUCGAGACUCGAAAUCAUCAUUCCACCUCUCCAGAAUCUCAGACGUCACCGCAGUCUCCCAAUCUGCUCCCCUCUCCUCAAAUCACUCCAGACAAGGAUCAAUCCGCGUCACCGAUACCCACUCGACUGCACGAUGGCCUCAGCAUCGAGCGCCCACGCUCUGCCCUGCACCGCGGCGACUUUACACAUGAUGACUCCUCCUCUUCCAGGCGGGACGAGCGCCGCCGAAACCCGGCCUCGAGACACCGCAAGGACAACCUCUCGGUGGACAUGGCCUGGAUGGCCACCUCGCCGCCCCGGCCGUCCCUGCCCUUUGACCGGCACAGUUCUAUUGUCGAGCCCGGAACCAGCGUCAACUCGACGCUCUCGUCGUCAGUAUCUUCCACCUUUGCGUAUCAGCUGCCGACGAGCCCGCUCGCCCAGUCCGUCACCAACGAGGACCCCGAUGGCUUCGCAACGACGCCUUUCCGCGAGAGCGGUCUCCUCAGCGACAAGAUGCGCCUGUCCCACGGCAGCUACGACGAAACAACGUCACUCUUUUCGUCGCCUCUCAGAUCCUUCCACGACCAAGGACGCACCCCGGUCCGCAGAGAAGCAACAUUUCCCUACCAAGCGCACCAACCCCGACGAUCAUCCGGCUCUGGCAUGAACUUUCUGCAGCCUGGGGCCUCACCACAGAGCUCUGCGGCCCGCGCUCGCCGCCCGUCUCUUGGAGCCGACUCAUCUCCCUCGCUCCACGCCUCUAUGGUGGGCUCCUACGAGGAGAGCAUCCUGCAGGGCCGCAUGUCCACAACGCCGUCCAAGCCGUUUGACUUCAUGGCGCAGAUUGGCGUCCUCGGCAGGGGCAAGUGCAAGUCGCGCCUGCUAUGCCCGCCGCACGUCACCCUUUCCUUUCCCGCCGUCUUUUACAGCUACGACAGCACCAACGCCGCGCGGUCCCAGAGCAACGACGGGCCUAGUCCGUACGUCGGCCAGAUUGACCUCGAAAACGGCCUGCCCGACCCCGACGCCGAGGCCCAGAAGCGUCGCCGCGGCGCCGCUGCCGCCGACAUGGACGUGGACAUGCUUCUAGACGGGCCACUACCCCCCGCCAGCGAUACCCUCGGAGCCGCGCCGCUUAAGGCGCCACCCGGCGGCAGCUACCGCAUUCCGGAAAAGGGCCAGAUCCAAAUUGUCGUCAAAAACCAGAACAAGACGGCCGUCAAGCUCUUUCUCGUCCCCUACGACCUCGCUGGUAUGCCGCCCGGAACCAAGACGUUUAUUCGGCAACGCAGUUACUCGCAAGGGCCCAUCAUCGACAACCUGCCGAAUCUCGCGACAUUUUCAUUGCCAGCCGCCGCCGCCACCGCAGCUCUCGCACGUCCUACGCUCCGUUACCUCGUCCACUUGCACGUUUGUAGUCCGGGCAGGGGGCGCUUCUACCUGUACAAGAGCAUCCGCAUCGUCUUUGCCAACCGCGUCCCGGAGGGCAAGGAGAAACUGCGCAUUGAGACGACGCUACCCGAGCCGCGCUUCACCCCGUAUAAGCCCAUCCGGCAGAUGUACCACCACUCAUCCGCCAUCUCGUCGCCGUACGGCCGCUCCGGCGCCAUUCUCGCCGCGGACAAGGCUCGUCGUCGACGCAGUCUCGGUGUCCCAACCACCACAAGCAGCGAUGCGCACCGCUCGCCCUUUUCUGUCGCUACUCUCGGUACCCUGAAUCCGCCUCAGCCGCAACAGCGACUCAGAACGCCGCCUGGCAGCAGCUUCCUCGGCGCCGGCGCCGGCGCCGGCAACACACAUACCGUCGAGCCGGCCCCGUUCCGCUUCCCCGCGCGUCGGCUAAGCAGCGACGCGGGUGAUGCCAUUCCCGUAAUCAUCGAUGACGUCGAUGGGCCUCCGCGUUCGCCGAGCCGACCCUCGACACAGGACUCGGCUGCCGCCGCCUGGGGCUACGAGAAGCUCAGUAGAGGCGACGUCGGCUACGGCGGCGGCGUCUUUGCGGGGGACGCGGCGAGCAAUAGUUCUACAGGCGGCAGUGGAGCUAGAGGUGCUGGAGGCCCGGCUGAGGGGUUACUGUCGCAGAGGUUGCGGUCACUGGACGUGGACCAGAUGGACCAUGGCCUGCCUCCGUGUUGA